ACAAUAGGUCAACUACAUGUUUGAAACAAUUAUCAUCAUUUGUGUAUAUAUAACCAAGAUAUCUCAUAACUAGGCAAGGUAUAUUCACUAGAUUUGGACAAGCGACGACUUUAACAUGAAGAAUUACUUGAUUUCCACAAUAUUGUUCGUUCUCUCUGUUUCCUUGGUCACGUGCCAGGUACCACGAUGGGGAAGGUGCCCAGAUAUUCCAGUAAAACAGAAUUUUGAUGCUGAUAGGUAUUUAGGAAAAUGGUACGAAAAUGAGAAUUUUUUCUUUAUUGCUGAAAUUGGAUUGAAAUGUGUCAGUGCUAAUUACAGCUUAAACAACGAUGGAAGUAUUAAAGUUCUAAACGCGGGAAUAAACGCGAGAACUGGUCGUCCAAGUGAAUCUGUCGGUAGAGCAACUAUAGGAGAGAAGGAACCAGCAAAAUUAUCUGUCAAGUUUUCUAGGUUCCAACCCGCAGGAGCCUAUUGGGUUUUAGACACAGAUUAUGACACCUACUCCUUGGUUUGGUCUUGUAGCGACUUCUAUUUUGCAAGAGCAGAAAUUGCUUGGAUUUUGACACGUGACCGUGAGGGUGUAGACGAAACAACAACAAACAGAUUAAAGAAUAUUCUACAAACGUACCACGUUGAUACAAAAUCGUUUAGAAAAACCGAUCAAAUUGGUUGCACGCAAAACAAUGGAUAUUAAAUAUAUAUAUAUAUAUAUCUAUCUAAAUUAUGUAACAUAUAUGUAACAUAUUGAUAAGUUUAUCCAACUAAUCUGGGUAUAUGCUAAACAUGAGACAUGGAUGUACUUCAAAAACAUUUAAUAAAUAAUUGUGAUUUUGUUAUAAAUUAAAUAUCAAUGCUU